AUGGAGAUGAAGAAUCAGACUGUGGAAGAGGCUGUGGAAGACGACAGGGUCGAUUACCAUACGAGCAUUUGGAGCUGCCCCUUCUGCUACCAUCGCAACACUUUCCCGAUUUCUUAUUCGGGCAUCGGGGAAUCGACUCUCCCCGCGGAGCUGUUCCCGACCUACAGCGUUGUGGAAUACAAAAUCGACAGGAAAGAAGUGAAGAUUGGUACGAGCUCGCAGUUGAGUUACCGAUUGGCUCACGGAUUGCCUUCCUCGAAUGGGUCACUCUCCUCGAUGGUGUCGUUGGGCUCUCCCAGGCUUGGGGCCGUUAGUGGUUGUGGAGGCGGCGAAGGCGGCGGAGAGUUCAGGAAGGUGGGGCCUGCUUUCAUCUUUGUAGUGGAUGCUAGCAUGGCAGAGGAGAGCACAGCGAGAGGAUUUCCAAGAUGGGAAGGUGAAGAGGCUGUGGAAGACGACGAGGAUUAUUGUUUUUUAUAUUUUUUAAGAAUAAAAUUUUAA